AUGAAGACUUCAACCCUUCUUCUGGCAUCUAUUCUUUCCGUCUCAGCUCUGGCCAGUCCGGUUCAAGAUCCCAGUCCUACACAGACCCAGGAUGUCGACAACGACCCCGUAGAAAAACCUCUGCGGGACCUUUGCGUCCUGAACUGUCUGAGAACCACUAUCGCGCCACUUCUGGGAUGCUCGACUAUCGCCUGUAUCUGCGGAACUGGCGCUACUAGUCCCGCCACGGUCCUUAAAACCUGUCUGACGACCAAUAAGUGCAAUACAAUUGAGACGACAGUCAUCGAUAGCGCGGUUGUCACUCUAUGUGAUCUUGCCACGGUGAUGAGCUAUUCGCCUGGCUCGAACACGUCUGGGACUGGCGUACUUUCCCGUGUAUGA